CAGAAGAGCAUGGAGAAGGCAGGGCCAGCACCUGAGGCUCCUCGUCCUCCUGGCUGGCCUCCGUCCCCACGCUUCCCAAGGCAUGUCCCUGGCCCCCACCCCUGGAGGCAGGUCUCCUUCCUCCAUCCACCCUUCACGAUGUCCAUGAGGAGCCCCGUCUCUGCCCAGCUGGCCCUGGAUGGCGCUGGCACCAUGGUGAACUGCACCAUCAAGUCGGAGGAGAAGAAGGACCCUUGCCACGAGGCUCCCCAGGCUUCGGCUGCCGUGGCUGAGCCCCAGCCUGGAGACCCCGCCCGGGACCCCCUGGAUGUUGCUGACCCCCAAGCUCCAGCUCAGGAGUGUAGCUCUCCAGAGAGCGGCGGGUCCCCAAAGCCGAAGCGACCGGAUGCCUCUGAGGCAGCUUCUGGAAGCCAGGAGAAGCUGGACUUCAAUCGCAACCUGCAGGAGGUUGUGCCGGCCAUCGAGAAGCUGCUGUCCAGCGACUGGAAGGAGAGGUUUCUGGGACGAAGCUCUGUGGAAACCAAAGAUGUCAAAGGGACCCAAGAGAGCCUGGCAGAAAAGGAGCUGCAGCUUCUGGUCAUGAUCCACCAGCUGUCCACCCUGCGGGACCAGCUCCUGACCGCCCACUCGGAGCAGAAGAACAUGGCCGCCAUGCUGUUUGAGAAGCAGCAGCAACAGAUGGAGCUGGCCCGGCAGCAGCAGGAGCAGAUCGCCAAGCAACAGCAGCAGCUGAUUCAGCAGCAGCAUAAGAUCAACCUCCUUCAGCAGCAGAUCCAGCAGGUCAACAUGCCUUACGUCAUGAUUCCAGCCUUCCCCCCAAGUCACCAGCCUCUGCCUGUCACCCCCGACUCCCAGCUGGCGCUGCCUAUUCAGCCCAUCCCUUGCAAACCAGUGGAGUACCCACUGCAGCUGCUGCACAGCCCCCCUGCGCCUGUGGUGAAGAGGCCGGGGGCCAUGGCCGCGCACCACCCCCUGCAGGAGCCCUCCCAGCCUCUGAACCUCACCGCCAAGCCCAAGGCUCCUGAGCUGCCCAACACCUCCAGCUCCCCCAGUCUGAAGAUGGGCACCUGCGGCCCCCGGCCCCCCAGCCACGGGGCUGCCCCACGGGACCGGCCAUCCAGCCCACCCAGCCUACCCCUGGGCUUCCUGGGUGAAGGGGACGCUGUCACCAAAGCCAUCCAGGAUGCCCGGCAGCUGCUGCACAGCCACAGCGGGGCCUUGGAGAGUGCCCCCAGCACCCCCUUCCGCAAGGACCUCAUCAGCUUGGAUGCCUCCCCAGCCAAGGAGCGGCUGGAGGAGAGCUGUGUGCACCCUCUGGAAGAAGCCAUGCUGAGCUGUGACGUGGACGGCUCCCGCCACUUCCCUGAGUCCCGAAACAACAGUCACAUCAAGAGGCCCAUGAAUGCCUUCAUGGUGUGGGCCAAGGAUGAGCGGAGGAAGAUCCUGCAAGCCUUUCCGGACAUGCACAACUCCAGCAUCAGCAAGAUACUCGGCUCCCGUUGGAAGUCCAUGAGCAACCAGGAGAAGCAGCCCUACUACGAGGAGCAGGCGCGGCUGAGCCGGCAGCACCUGGAGAAGUACCCCGACUACAAGUACAAGCCGCGACCCAAGCGCACCUGCAUCGUGGAGGGCAAGCGGCUGCGUGUGGGCGAAUACAAGGCCCUGAUGAGGACCCGCCGCCAGGACGCCCGCCAGAGCUACGUGAUCCCCUCACAGGCUGGCCAGGUACAGAUGAGCUCCUCAGACAUCCUGUACCCCCGGGCAGCAGGGGUGCCCCUGGCACAGCCUCUGGUGGAGCACUAUGUCCCCCAGAGCCUGGACCCCAACAUGCCUGUCAUCGUCAACACCUGCAGCCUCAGGGAGGAGGGAGAGGGCGCCGACGACAGGCACUCGGUGGCCGAUGGCGAGAUGUACCGGUACAGCGGAGACGAGGACUCCGAGGGUGAAGAGAAGAGUGAUGGGGAGCUGGUGGUGCUCACAGACUGAGCCAGUGGCUGGCCUGGCCCUCCUCCCUGGGGCAGCCCCCCCCCACCCGCCCCGGGCACAGCCAGCCGGCUUGGACUAUGUUGGUACUUGGACGUGGGGCGCCCAGGGAUGGUCAGAGCCGUGCACUUGUAGAUGCACUGGCAAGGGGAGAGCCCUCCUCCCCGACAGCCUUGGGCACCCCGAGGAGCUCUGGCCUUGGUGGCAGGACUUGCGUGGUAGUGCUGGGUGAGCUGGCUGAGCUCCCGGGCCCCGGCAGGGGACACUGGGUGACCCUUCCCUCUGGCAGGCCCACCACCGCGGGGCGUGGCAGCUGUACAUCUGUCCCCCCGGGUCACGUGCUUUGAUUCCGUGCUUGUCCUGUGGGACCAACACUCCCUCCUACACGCACACCCUGAUCACUCCUGUCACCAGGAUCACUGUAUUCUGCAAAAGGGUCUGACUGUCCCUCACCGUCAGUUUCUGCCAAGCCCUUUGUGCCUCUGGCUGCUGUGUGCGUGCGUGCGUGUGUGUAGUGUGUGCGUGUACAUGCGUGUGUUUUCAUCCAUUCAUUGCACAAGGUAUUUAUUGCGUGCCCACUACGUGCCAGCCACUGUUGCUUCUCUGGGGGCCCCUUCUGUGCUUCUCUUUGUCCCCGAAUUGCUACCUCUUUGUCAGUCUGGGUGUCUCAGGUUCUGUGUGUCCUUGUGUGCGCCUCCGACCCCGUCUCUCCGCAAGGCCCUCUCUCUCUCCCCUGUCCAAGCCUGGCCCUGCCCUCUGGAUUUUCUGGGUCUGUGUGGGCCCCUGGGCUGCCUCUGGGCCCCGUAGCCUUGCUGACCUCCCUCCCCGACUGUCUUUCAGUUCCCACGAGCCUUUUUUAGCUCUGAGCAGGGUAAGAAUGCGCCUCGGCUUCCACCAGCUUUGUCCUGGUGCCCGACCCCUGGGCGCAGGCCGAGUCCCAGGAGUCGGGCAGAGUUGCAGUCAAUGACAGAGGUCCAGUGAGGGACCCCAUGGCAGCUGGUCUCCAUUCCUUACUCCCGGAGUUCGCGGCGGGCGUUCCCUAUUGCUGAAGACUCGGCUUCCCCUUCCCCACUGGCGUGAGCAGUUAAUGUUUCCUAAGAACAUCAGUCCCAUUGGCACCUGACCCAAGGUCUCCCCACAGCUGGGGCCCAAUUGGGGACCCCUAAUGGGGACCUCUCAUCCCUCAGGGCCUGCCCCCAUCUCUCCCUUCCCCACGUCCGUCCCUCCUUCCAGGCUGUUUCUUUUUUAUGACUGUAAACAUAGAUAGUGCUUUAUUUUGUUAAUGAGAUAAUGAGUAACUUAACCAGCACAUUUGUUUUCUGAUGGCAUAAUAAAGAGACCGUGUCAGAAUCGA